AUGGCGCAGGAGAGCAGCGACAAGUGCACCGCCGCCGCCACCAAUUCCGAGGAAGACGGCGCUGAGACGAGACCACUGGCGGUAGUGUCAGCGCCGGCGACGCCGUUCAAGUUCAACGUGCACGCGCCGGAGUUCGUGCCCAUGUCGCCCGCCGCCGCCAGCCCCAUGGCGAGCCCCAUGUCAGCGCCGGCGGGCGGCUACUACUCGCCCUUCAUGCAGAUGCAGGCCGGCCUGGGCCCCGCCGACUGGAGCUUCUUCCACGACCACGAGCCCGUCUUCUUCAUGCCCGACUUCGCGCACGCCAAGUUCGGCGCCACGGCCGCCGCCGGGGGCAACAGCGCGCAGGCCAAGGGGACGACAGGCGCCACCGCCGACGUCACGCAGAAGAUUGUCAAGCAGGUGGAGUACCAGUUCAGCGACAUCAAUCUGGUGGCAAACGAGUUCUUGCUCAAGAUUAUGAACAAAGACACAGAAGGCUACGUUCCCUUGUCGGUGGUUGCGUCCUGGAAGAAGAUCAAGUCUCUUGGGGCAACCAACCAGAUGCUGGUGAAGGCUCUUCGCACCUCCACAAAGCUUAUUGUCAGCGAUGACGGCAAGAAAGUCCGGCGCAGGCAGCCACUCACUGAGAAACACAAGGAAGAACUUCAGUCUCGCAUGAUCAUAGCAGAGAAUCUGCCGGAGGACUCCUCAAGAAACAGCCUCGAGAAGAUCUUUGGUGUUGUCGGAAGUGUGAAGAACAUCAAGAUUUGCCAUCCACAAGAGCCUAGCACGGCAAGGGCUUCCAAGUCGGACACGCUUGUGAGCAACAAGAUGCACGCACUCGUGGAGUACGAGACCUCGCAGCAAGCUGAGAAAGCAGUGGAGAAGCUGAACGAUGAGCGGAACUGGAGGAAAGGCCUCCGUGUGCGCACAGUGCUCAGGCGCUCGCCCAAGUCAGUGAUGCGGCUGAAGCGCCCAGACUUCGACCACUUUGUGGGGUCCGACGAUGACUCGCCGCACUCGCAGAUGUCAUCCGAGACGCCGGACCACUCGCCGGAGGCAGCAGCUCACCACCAGCAGCAGGAUGAGCAGCAGCAUCAGAAAGGAGGGUGGGGGGCGAGAGGGCGAGGGAAGCUGCACGUGACGGCGCCGCCGCACAGCCCGCAGUCUGCUCCCGCCGGCAUGGCUGGGCAUUUCGACCCGCCACCAGCAUCGUCGUCCAGCCCCCGUGCCAAGUGCCCGGCGGCGUCCAGCCCCAGGCAGCAGCACAAGCAGCAGCAGUGCCCCUUCAGCCCCAGGCAGCCUCCGCAGGGCCCCAGGAUGCCCGACGGCACGCGCGGCUUCACCAUGGGCCGGGGCAAGCCACCGUCGUCUCCGGCGGCACCCCGCCCGGUCGCGGCUCCCACCACUCCUCCUGCUCCCGUCCUCGUUUAAUUUAUUAUUUAAUUUAUUA